ACUCGAGUGAGUCGCGAUCCGCCAUUGCUGAGUACUCCUGGUGCGUUUCUUUAAAUCAGUCCUCGUAUAAGACGCAUUCUUCUUCUCUUUCGAUUCCAUAUCUCGGCAGCAGAGCUCGAUUUCUGUGACCGGAGUUCAAUCGAUUUUCAGUGCCAGCUAGCUCCUUUUCCUUAAUUAGAAAAUUUUGCACGUUUGUGAAAUAGAAAAAGCUAUUGGAUAAUACACUGCUAAGGAUGAUUGCAUCAGCACCAUAUGUGCGAUGCAUACCUAUUGCAUGGAAGCAUUGUGGCAGCUGCCACCCAAAUGCACGCUUAAGCUUAUGCAUGAGUAAGGUUCAAGUAGCAGGGUGUGCAAAGAUGACAGUUACUCCAAAUAUCUCUAUCAAUGAUGGAAACCUAGUGGUUCACGGAAACACCAUACUGACAGGAGUUCCAGAUAACAUUGUUUUGACUCCAGGAUCUGGAGUGGGGCUCACUGACGGUGCAUUCAUUGGUGCCACAGCUUCUCAUAGCAAAAGCCUCCAUGCCUUCCCAAUGGGUGUUUUAGAGGGUCUCCGUUUCAUAUGUUGUUUCCGAUUCAAGCUAUGGUGGAUGACUCAGAGGAUGGGCAUGUGUGGGAAAGAUGUCCCUCUGGAGACCCAAUUUAUGCUUGUGGAGAGCAAACAUGGUGGUGAAGGAGAUGAUCUAGAUGAUGCCCCAACCAUCUACAUGGUCUUCCUUCCCCUCCUUGAAGGCCAGUUCCGUGCUGUUCUCCAAGGCAAUGAAAGGAAUGAAAUCGAGAUUUGUCUUGAGAGUGGGGAUGUUGCUGUCGAAACAAACCAAGGCCUUCACCUUGUCUAUAUGCAUGCGGGGACCAAUCCUUUUGAAGUCAUCAACCAGGCUGUGAAGGCUGUAGAAAAACAUGUGCAAACUUUUCUUCACCGAGAGAAAAAAAAGUUGCCUUCUUUCCUUGAUUGGUUUGGCUGGUGCACAUGGGAUGCUUUCUACACUGAUGUUACAGCUGAGGGCGUCAAGGAAGGCCUUAAGAGUCUGUCAGAGGGAGGGACUCCUCCGAGAUUUGUAAUCAUUGAUGAUGGUUGGCAACAGAUUGGUAAUGAGUCCCAGGAUGCUAAUUGUGCAGUACAAGAAGGAGCACAGUUUGCAAGUAGAUUAACAGGAAUCAAAGAGAAUGCUAAGUUCCAAAAGAGUGGCCAGAGCAAUGACCAGGUUCCUGGUCUGAAGCACGUUGUAGAUGAUGCCAAGCAGCAUCACAAUGUGAAGUAUGUGUAUGUGUGGCAUGCUCUGGCAGGUUAUUGGGGUGGAGUGAAACCAGCAGCUUCUGGUAUGGAACACUAUGACACUGCAUUGGCAUAUCCAGUUCAGUCCCCAGGCGUAGUUGGCAACCAACCAGACAUUGUCAUGGACAGCCUGACAGUUCAUGGCCUAGGACUGGUGCAUCCAAAGAAGGUUUUCAACUUCUAUGAUGAGCUACAUGCCUACCUGGCAUCAUGUGGAGUAGAUGGAGUUAAAGUUGAUGUGCAGAACAUAAUUGAGACACUUGGUGCUGGCCACGGUGGUCGAGUUGCUCUCACCCGUAGCUAUAUCCAGGCUCUUGAGGCCUCCAUUGCACGGAACUUUACUGACAAUGGAUGCAUUGCAUGUAUGUGCCAUAACACUGAUGGACUCUAUAGUGCCAAACAGACUGCUGUGGUGAGAGCCUCUGAUGAUUUUUAUCCUCGGGACCCUGCUUCCCACACCAUCCACAUUUCUUCUGUGGCUUAUAACACCCUCUUCCUGGGAGAAUUCAUGCAACCUGACUGGGAUAUGUUCCAUAGUCUGCACCCAGCUGCUGAGUAUCAUGCUGCUGCUCGUGCCAUCGGUGGAUGUGCAGUAUAUGUAAGUGAUAAGCCAGGCAACCACAAUUUUGAGCUUUUGAAGAGGCUGGUGCUCCCUGAUGGAUCAGUGCUUCGUGCCCAACUGCCUGGUCGGCCAACCCUUGAUUGCCUCUUUGCUGAUCCAGCUAGAGAUGGGACCAGCUUGCUUAAAGUAUGGAAUGUGAACAAAUGUUCUGGUGUGGUUGGUGUGUUCAACUGCCAAGGUGCUGGUUGGUGCAAAGUUGCCAAGAAAACUCGCAUACAUGACACUUCUCCAGGAAUCCUCACUUGUUCUGUCCGCGCCGCUGAUGUUGACCUCAUGGCCCAAGUUGCUGGAAGUGAUUGGAAUGGGGACGUAGUUGUAUAUGCUCAUAGAUCAGGAAGGGUAGUUCGGUUGUCCAAAGGCACUUCACUUCCUGUGACCCUAAAAGUUCUUGAAUAUGAGCUUUUUCACUUCUGUGCUCUUAAGGAAAUAGCAAACAUAUCAUUCGCGCCCAUAGGUUUACUUGACAUGUUCAACACUGGAGGAGCUGUGGAGCAAUUUGAAAUCCAUUCAGGUGCUUGUGUCAAGAAUCUGGAGCUGUGGAAUGGUGAAGUUGAGUCGGAGCUGAACCCCACUUCUCUCAGCGAGAGGGAAUCUGCAACUGCAACCAUUGUGCUCAAAGUGAGGGGAUGUGGGAGGUUUGGUGCGUACUCAUCUCAGCGCCCACUACAAUGCAGGGUGGGUGGCGCCGAGAGCAACUUCGAUUAUGACACCACCACCGGAUUAGUCACGCUGAAUAUUCCGGUUCCCGAAGGGGAGAUGUACAGAUGGCCUAUAGAGAUCCAAGUUUAAAAUUUAAGCGGAGCUUAAUUUUACUGCGCAAAUGGAAUUGCCAUCGGAAAUGUAUCCACGCUAUUUGAGGUGAUCGAGUCAGAAAAGCUUUUUCCACAAUUGGUGAUGAUUAUGAUAAUAUGCAUGUACACCUGCAGAGAGUGUUGAAGGGCUUUUGGGGAUCUUUGUGUUAGGUUCAUUUAUAUGUAACAAAAAGAACUACCUAGAAUGCAUUCACACUAGGUUUUAUCUUU